CCGAUAAGGUUGAUUAGUUAUGAUACCGGUCCGGUCCACUUGAGAUCAAAUUAGGCCUUAUGUAGCCCCCGUACUAAAAUGAGCUUGACACCACGGUAAAUACAGUUCUAAACAAACACAAUUUUGUUACUAAAAGCACUUGAAUGCGCCCUGCAAAGUGACACUUUACGACUUCCGAAAUUGGAAGUGGAGAGGUUUUACGACGAGGAAGCACUUGAAAGCAUCAUCUCGACGUUGACCCUGAAGCGCGCUCCCUGCGUUUACGUGGCUACUCCCCCUCCACACCGUACGUGCGCGCUCCCCUCUAUCGCGUGGUGGGGAUCAUCCAUAUUGCUGCUAGUGCUGGAGAUAAGGUUGUAAUCCAGAGAGGCCCUCGGACACGUUUCUUUACAUUUUUACGUGUUUUAUUCCGGCGCUGACUGCACCGCGUCUUGGGCUGAAGCUCGUUUGGUCUGGGAGCGACAGAGGAGCGGCAGCCUCCGCGGAACAACUUCACGUUUCCUUGAAACUAAAAGGCGAAUUCGGACCGGGGGGUGGGGGGAGAGGACUGGUAAUCCUGAGGGGGGAAGAAAGACGGUGGUGGGAAAUGGCCACUCAGGUGGAGGCUCUCCUGCCCGGCAACCCGCUCGCCAAAGCGGAGGAGCACGGUAAAGUGAUCCGCGGCGACCCGGAGGAGGAGGACGGGGGCCGGGGCGACGACGGGGCCGAGACGGGUGUCGCCGAACCGGGGAGCGAUAGCAGCGGAGGCAGCAGCAGCAGCAGCAGCAGCAGCCCCGACGACCAGGGAGGACCCCCGGAGGAGCAGACCUCCAAGCGGGGCACGGAAGAGGGGAAAGAAGAAGAAGGAGGCUGUGACAGCGAGGACAAGCAAGGCGAGGAGGGUGUUAAAGGCAGCAGAAAGGAGUUUACCGAAGCUCCCCCGCCCAAGGUGAACCCGUGGACUAGGAAAAUGAAUGCGGUGACCGUGGUCAGCGUGAAUGGACAAGCACACCACGAGUCGACCGGUCCCGCCAAGGUGGUGAAAGCAGGGAACCCACCCAAAGCCAGACGUGGAGGAAAGGUUGGAGAUUUUGGAGACACCAACAGCUGGCCGACUCCAGGGGAGAUUGCAACUAAAGACAUGCAGAUGGAGGCAGUGACACGGACCGUGUCCUGCCCGCCGACUGUCAGGCAGGUCAAAGACUCGUGGAGAUCCACUGGCCCCAAACGGACGACGGCCAAGAAGGAGUUAAAGGAGAAGAGGGAGAGCAACGAGGAGAGCAAGGAGAACCUGAAGGCCAAGUCGGACGACUCGGGAGAGGAGAAGAACGGCGACGACGACUCCCAGAAGAAUGGACCGAAGAAGAAAGGAAACAAGCAGAAGUGGGUUCCUCUGAUGAUCGAGGUGAAGUCCGAGGGUCCCAGGGAGCGCUCGGCCUCCAGGAACAACAGCAGACAAAACGAAAACCCGCGCCUGCCUCCCAACGCCAGGAACGACCUCAGAGACUGGCACAGUCAGAAGUACGAGCGGGAGUGGCGCGACGACCACGACGAGGUGUCCAGCGUGAAGAGCGAGGGGGCGCCGUUCCGCGGGGGCUUCAGGGGUCGAGGACGUGGAAGAGGAAGAGGACGGGGACGAGGCAGAGGCGGGAGAGGCCACUAUGACUACCACUACGGCUACAAGUCCUACGACGUGAAAGACGGACCCUACGCCCAGAAGUUCGGCAACUCCGUCACCUACUACUACGACAACAUGAGCAGCAACGACCUCUUCGCCGUGGACCAGGACCUGCUGAAGGACUACAUCAAGAGGCAGAUCGAGUACUACUUCAGCCUGGACAACCUGGAGCGGGACUUCUUCCUGCGGAGGAAGAUGGACCAGGAGGGCUUCCUGCCCAUCGGACUCAUCGCCAGUUUCCACCGAGUUCAGGCCCUCACCACCGACGUCAACCUCAUCCUCGAAGCUUUGAAGGACAGUAAAGAAGUGGAAGUGAUCGACAUGAAGAUCCGUCGGAAGGUGGACCCGGAGAAGUGGCCUCUGCCCGGUCUCACCAUGCCCAACCAAACCCACACCGACUUCUCCCAACUCAUCAACUGCCCCGAGUUUGUCCCCAGACAGAUGACGGACGACUCCGUGGGAUCCCCCAGGGCCUCCACGCCCGUGCAGCGCCAGACCAAGACUGAACAAGACAUCUCAAACCUCAAGACGAUGCCCAAGGGCCUCUCCGCCAGCCUCCCCGACCUGGACUCAGAGUCCUGGAUCGAGGUGAAAAAGAGACCCAGACCUUCGCCGGCCAGACCCAAGGUCAGCACAGAAAAGGCCCCGUCAUUGCAGCAGAAGGAAAAGGACGAGUCGAUUCGCUCCCCCGUGCCCCAGCCCGGCUCCUCGCCGACGCCCGUCACCCUAGGAAAUAAGGACGGAGCGGAACCGGACGAGCCGGAGGAGCUCGACUUCAUGUUCGACGAGGAGAUGGAGCAGAUCGACGGGCGGCGCAACACCUUCACCGACUGGUCGGACGAGGAGACGGACGGCGAGAUCGACGACCACGACGUCAACAAGAUCCUGAUCGUGACGCAGACGCCGCCCUACCUGAGGAAGCACCCGGGCGGCGACCGCACGGGGCACCACACGUCGCGCGCCAAGCUGACCAGCGAGCUGGUCAAGGUGAUCAACGACGGCCUCUUCUACUACGAGCAGGACCUGUGGGACGACACGUACGAGCCCGAGUACGCCACCAUCAAGCAAGAGGUGGAGAACUUCAAGAAGGUCCACCUGAUCAGCCGCGAACAGUUCGACUGUUUGACCCCCGAACCUCCCGUCGACCCCAACCAAGAAGUCCCCCCAGGCCCCCCCCGACCCCAGCAGAUCCCCACAGACGCUUUGGCAAACAAACUCUUCGGCGCCCCCGAGCCGUCCUCGAUAGCUCGCUCGCUCCCGACUACCGUGCCUGACUCGCCCAACUACCGCAGUGCCCGGACGCCGCGCACGCCGCGCACGCCUCACCGGAAGGACCCGACCAUGACGCCGCGCUUCUACCCGGUGGUGAAGGAGAGUCGGCCCGUCGACGCCAAGACGCCCAGGAAGAGGAAGACCAGACACAGCUCAAACCCGCCCAUGGAGUGUCACGUCGGCUGGGUGAUGGACUCCAGAGAGCAUCGAUCUCGUACCGCCUCCGUCAGCUCCAACGCCAGUCCGUCGGAGGGCACCCCGGCUCUGGGUAACAUCGGCUGCACCCCCCAGUCCCUCCCCAAGUUCCAGCACCCGUCACACGAGCUGCUCAAGGAGAACGGCUUCACGCAACACGUUUACCACAAGUAUCGCCGGCGCUGCCUAAACGAGCGGAAGCGGCUUGGAAUCGGACAGUCGCAGGAGAUGAACACACUCUUCCGCUUCUGGUCGUUUUUCCUUCGGGAUCAUUUCAACAGAAAGAUGUACGAGGAGUUCAGACAGCUGGUGGUGGAGGACGGGAAGGAGGGAUACAGGUACGGUUUGGAGUGCUUGUUCAGGUACUACAGCUACGGUCUGGAGAAGAAGUUCAGGCCCGACAUCUUCAAGGACUUCCAGGAGGAGACCAUCAAAGACUACGAGGCUGGCCAGCUUUACGGACUGGAGAAGUUCUGGGCCUUCCUUAAAUACUCCAAAGCCAAGACCAUGGAGAUCGACCCCAAGCUGCAGGAGCAUCUGAGCAAGUUCAAACGCCUGGAGGAUUUCAGGAUUGAUCCACCGAUGGAGGAAGGACGCCGCAGAAGACACUCCUCCAGCGGAGACGGCCGCCGCCGCCACCCCUCCCAGCCCACCAGUCGUCCCCACAGCCAGGCCAGCUCAGGCCCCGCCCCCGCCCCAGCCCCCGCCCCCAAGGAUGAUGCCAAACCCAGCGGCCAGAAAGCCCCGACCGCCGCCGCCGCCGCCGCCGCUGCUGAUCCCGCACCAGACGCCAAGACACUGAAGUAACAGCUCCACGGACGCGCCGGCCUGCACGGAUCAACUCAAACCCACGCCUGCAAGUCGCCGGUUCUCUCUGCGCCACAGGAGGGGGAGGGGCUUCCAGCUCGUCAUUCUAAGCAUGAGAUUUUUAUUUUUUUUUUUCGUUGCAAACUACCAUCGAUUGAGGAAAAAAGGAAGACGAUUAAUCGAUCAGUUUCUUGAUUCAUUUUAAGUUUUUUUUUUUUUUUUUUUGGAGAACGUUUUGUCUUAAUGAGGCAACGGAUGAGGUGUCAAACACUUUUUUUUUUUUUUUUUUUUUUUUUUUUUGUCCUCCCCCCCUUGUUACAAACUUUUGCCGGUCCACGCGGUGGACGGUUUUUUGGUUUUUUAUUUCUUCCUUCAUGUUGAACCCCUCUUUGACCCUCUUUGAUCGUCGCUGUCCUGCUGGCUUAUCCCUCACCCAGAUUAAUAACUAUUAUUUCUUGAGCGUGAGGUUGGGAUUGGGACGUAGUUUGAACGAGGCUGAACAUCUGAGAAUAAAAAAUAAAUAAAUAAAUAUAGAAGAAGAAGAAGAAGCCCCCUCCUGUUCCCGACAUCCACCCGGACCAAAGUGGUCAGAACCGAGCGACUGACGUUUCCACCCGCAUGGCCCCCGAGGACGUUCAGUCGAGGGGCUGCAAAUUUAGACACAUUUGAUUUAUUUUAUGGCUGGACUCUUGAGGGGGGAGAAUAUUAAAGAACCAAAUGAUAUAAAAAGAAAAAAGAAAGCAAAAAAAAAGACUUAUAUCGACCCCUCGCUACGGACAAGAUCAUUAAAAGUUGCCUUAUUUUAAUGGUUUCACUGCUUCUAACGUGUGCCCGCCACCUUAUCGUCGAUUGUACAGCAUCAAGAGUCACGCUAGUUUCAAACAGAGGUGGCGCUCCGUCUGCCAAACUGUCCUCCACCUCCCCCCCUCCCUCGCUCCAUCCCUCCUUCCUCCUCCGCCUCCUUCCCUGAACUGAACUGUCUUCCAGGCGUCAUCCAGUCUGUUACAAGUCCUGUAAUUCUUCCGUUUAUUGCAAGUCGUGGCUUUUUCGUGCUGAAACACGUCGCCCUGAUGGAAGUCCGCCGCCUCCUCCACCUCCUCCACCUCCUCCACCCGAUAAGGAAGACGGGAUUUCCCGCGUCCUCCUCCUCCUCCUCCACCCUCCCUUUUCGUCCGUUAAUCCCUCCGUCGGGACAUCCAUCCACCAGUCGACCAUCAGCGACGCCGCAGGACUGGAAUCCGGAUUACUUGAAGAAGCGAUGGUUUUUCGCGAGGAAGAGCCGUCGAGCUCUGACGCAGGUGCUCCGGGCGGAGACGAGGACACGCAGCCUCCACCCUCCUCCUCCUCCUCCACCCUCCUCCUCCUCUUCUGUUUGACCCGGAGUUGGACCCACGCCGCUCGACGAGGCCGACGCACUCUUCAGAAACCUCUUCCUGUUUCACACACAAACAUCAGCCACACUGAACGUCACACUGCAGGUACACGAUGUAGCGGCUCGAGCGAGGCCGGAUACAGACGCUUGACCUCGCUGUGGAUUUAAAAAAAGAAAAGAAAGUUAAAUAAAUAAAUAAAAUUCACACUCUUUUAAGUCAUCGCUCUUCUCACGGUCGACUGUGCGGAUAAUAAAAAACCUUAAUCCAACAACUCCAGAACUGAUGAUAUCAAACAGAAGAGUGAUUUCCUCCACUAAUGUAAAUGUGAAUCUGACAGAUGAAGAGAAAUGAUUACAGCUUCCUGCUACUUUGUUUUAUUGUUUAUAGAACAGAUUAUAUAUUUGCCUUACAUGUGUACGUACUCUAACUUUUCUUUUUUUUUUUUUUUUUUUUUUUUUUUUUAAGGGUCUCAUAAUUAUCUUUUAAUGCUUUUUUUUUUUUUUUUUUUAAUUUGCUGUGUUUCUCGUGUUGUCAUGCUGGAGGCGGGAGGGAGGGAGGGAUGGAGGGUGGGAGGGGGCGGGUGUCUGUGGAUUUCAGGUUAUGGGUUCACUACGCAAAAGGGAACGUUGGCAUCAGGGCGUUAAAAAAAAAAAAGAAAAAAAAACUAAAUCUGUAAUCGUUUCAUGUUGAAAUCACAGUUGAAUUUUUCUUUUAGUAAAGAGAUCUGCCAGGAUGAGAGCAACAACAAGAAACUGUUAUUAAGCCUCCAGCGUUUUCUACAAAUGUGUCUAAAAAAAAAAAAAAAAAAAAGGUCCACGCUUUGGUUUUAAUUGAAUCAGAGGUUCUGGGAGACGAAAUAAGUCUUAAAAGAGAAGAAUCCACACGUAAAAAUCUUCAAAUGCUUUUCAGCAGAAGAAUUAGUUCCCAAGUUAUAUGUGCCUGUUUUUUUUUUUUUUUAAUUUUAUUAUUAUUAUUAUUAUUAUUAUUUGCUCCUCGGUCGUAAUAAUAAUCAUCAUGAGCCUGUAGGUCGUCCUGUCAGUGUUCAACUUCUUCCUCUAAAUCCAGAAUUAUCUGAAAAUGCAAACUGAAGCUGUAUUUUAUUUUCCUUUUUAUUUUAUUUUAUUUUAUUUUUUUUAGUUUUUCUUCAGGGAGAUUUUGGAUCUGAAGCUUACAGUUGCUGCAUCAAAGUGUUUACUGGAUGGAAAUAUAAUAAACGCUACUCGACGUUAUGUUCCCACAAACCAGCGGCGUCUCCUGGGAGCGGGUUGGUUGCGAGAAGCUGCCUUCUUCCUUCGGGACCGUCACACGAUCCUCCUCUGAAAACUGCGAUCUCAUGUGUCGCCUGUCUCUGGACAUUUUGAAGUGUUUGUGGGGGGGGGGGGAGAUGUGUGGGCUUCAGGUGGUUUUGGGAGUUGUCAUUCUUCCAAACAAACUCUAGAGGGCGCAGUCUGCUGCUUUGCUCGGCAAGUUUUACACGGACAUGGACGCUGGAGGGACGAAAGAUGGACGAAAAGACGAGGAGAGACGAUGGGAAGAGCCCCAUCGGGGGUUUUGCGAUGUUGCUCAGAGGAAUAUGGCUGGUUAAUGAUGUCUGGAGACUGAAAAAACAAAAAAGGACAAAAUUCCAUAAAGCCAUAUGAAUAAGAAAAAAAAAACUGUAUAUGAACCAUUAAAAUAGUUCAUUACAUUAAAGUAUCCUAGGCUUGUCAUGAGGAAAAAAAGAUGAAAACGAGGAAAAAAGGAACAAAAAAAUAUAUAAAAAGGAAAAAUGUAAAAUACUUGAAUGAGAUCUUGUAUUAUAACAUUUAAUAUUCAUAAUAUCUGCUUUGUAGGCUGACGUGAUUCGCUAUUAGUGUUAUUUGUAAUUUGUAGUAAUUAUGCUUUUCCUUAAUAAAGAAAAAAAACAGAAAAUGGACAAAAAAACCUCAAA